UAACAAGAUCAUCGGGUCAAACUAGCUAGCUAUCUAUAUCUGCAAUUUCUACCGUUUAUUUUCAUACAACUAUUUGCUGUAAUGGCUCAUAACCUUGAGUUUGAAUAUAAAGCUAAGUGCUGCGCAGAGGAAUUAUAUGCUAUGAUGACUCGUGAUGCAGCCAAGCUUCCAAAAUAUGUUCUGCAAAUGAUCCACAAUGUCCAAAUUCUCCCUGGAGACGGUGAUGUUCGUGUGGGAAGUGUAUUUAUUUGGGACUAUGUACGUGGUACGUAAGGCCUGUAAGACAUCCAAUCGUUUUCCUUUUGCUCAGUAAUCCAUCCGACUCUUAGCCAAAUUUAUUUAUGAUAUUACAGGAGAUAAGCCUUCUUCCGCCAUGAAGAAAGACAAGGUAACUGCGGUGGACCAUAAAAACAUGUCAAUAACUUUCACAGGUUUUGAAGGAGAACUCACAAAUGGUUUUACAAGUUUGUCUAGCACACUUAAUUACUAUCACACCAAUACAGAGGGAUGGGAACUAUAAUUGUCUUGUGAAGUGAUCUGUACAAUAUGAGAAAGCGAACACAGAUGAUUCUGAUCCAACAUACUUAAACAAAAUGCUGGAAGAUUUUACCAAGGAAUUGGAUACCAAUUUGUUCAAGGAAGAGUAGACAAGAUUGAUCUACCAAGACGAGUAUGUGUGCGUGCGUAUACAGUGGAGAAUCUACACUGGGGCCAGUGGGGUCACUGGCCCCCCUAAAUUUUCUAAAAAAAAAUAAUCUCGUGUAAUAUUCACCAGAUUUAGCUUCGUGCCCCCUCUCUAUUAACGCCAAAACUUGGAAUAGAUAUGCUUCUGAAACUAAUUUCAGCCAUAUUCCUGCGCAUAACUCACUUCCACGAACUAAAACUGCCCUAGAAUGAAGGAAAAUUGGGAGAAAAUCUGCUGAAAUCACGAUGAUUUUCUUAUAUUUGUGGUUCGUAUAUGGUUUAUAUGAACAACUAAACAUUAAUCAGUCUCCGUCUGCAUCAAUUCAAUUUCCAAGUUUGAUGAAAUUGAUCAAUUUUAAGGGAAAAGUGAUACUGCAAUUUUACAAACAGCCAGUGGGUGUCAUUGCUUUGUUUUGCUGUGACAAAAAUGCUUAGGUACUUCCAGAGAAAAAAUAGAGACAACAAUGCUACAACAGCACCUUUUGUCUCAAACCUGCGUUCUACAACGCGAAAUCAUGUAAUUCAUGCUGAGAGUUCAAGUGCCCAGAAUGUAGCACCGUCCUGCGCAGUUGAAAACGAUGUGAAUGAAAACUUACUGGCAAGUUUACCUUCGGAUCCAGGACUGCGAACUCCAAUAUUUGAUUAUGAUCCCAAUAUCAGAGACCGAGUUCGAAGAGCUUACCUACAAAGAGGUCCUUGUCAGCCAAAAAAGCACACCUAUCCAACAAGAAUAUCUGGUGGCAUGCCAAGAAAGUUCUGAGGCUCUUGGUUCAAUGAGCACCCAAGUUGGUUGGAAUAUAACAUUUCGACAGAGGCGGUGUUUUGUCUUUGUUGUUAUUUGUUUAGAGCUGGUAGUGGUGAUUCCUUUGUGGGAAAAGGAUUUAGAGGUUGGAGGAAGAAAGAAAGGCUACAACUACAUAUUGGGGGGCCAAAAAGUGCACAUAAUAAGGAUUUGAAAAAUUGUGAGGCGUAAAUGAAUAGGAAACAACACAUUGAUGCAAUUAUUGAAAAACUGUCGGAGGAAGAGAAAAGGGAUAAUAGGAAAAGGUUGAGGGCAUCGAUUAACUGUGUUCGAUUUCUUUUACGAUAGGGGCUUGCAUUUCGUGGACAUGAUGAAACUGAAGCUUCUCUCAACAGAGGAAACUUUAUAGAGAUCUUAAAAUGGUUGGCAGAUAAUAAUGAAGAAAUUAAAGCCGUUGUACUAGAGAAUGCUCCAGGUAACCAAAAGUUAAUAACAUCAGAUAUUCAAAAAGAUAUAACCAAGUGCUUCUCUUCUGAAAUAUUAAGUGAAAUUAUUAAAGAACUCGGGGAUGGACCAUUUACUCUAGUCUUAGAUGAAUCUAAAGAUAUAUCAUCAAAAGAACAGCUGGUUAUUGUUUUGAGAUAUGUGCACAAAGGUCAUGUAAUUGAGCGUUUCGUAGGAAUCGAACACGUCACUUGUACAACUGCCAAUUUUGGAUGAUUUCUUUUCUCGACAUGGAUUGAGCAUUUCCAAAUUACGAGGUCAAGGUUAUGAGGGGGCAAGCAAUAUGCGAGGUGAGUAUAAUGGUCUAAAGGCACUGAUUUUGAAAGAUAAUGACUGCGCGUAUUUUGUCCACUGGUUUGCUCAUCAACUGCAGCUAGCUGUUGUGGCUGUGGCAAAAAAAAACAUACAUAUGUAGAAGAACUUUAUGUCGUAAUGAGUUACUUGGUGAAUAUGGUAGCUGGAUCAUCCAAACGUCAAGAUAUGCUUCGUGAGAAGCAAGCUGAGGCGGUCUUUGAGGCACUAUGUAGUGGUGAGAUAUUAACUGGGCGAGGCCUUAAUCAAGAAAGUACUCUUAAACGAGCUGGUGACACGCGUUGGGAUUCACAUCACAAUACGAUAGCAAGCUUGAUUAAUAUAUUCUCAUCUGUUAUAACACUUUUGGAAUAUUUAGCAGUGGAUUCUGAUAAGAAAUUUGAAGCUAAGGUUCUCCUAGAUUCUUUGCAAAAUUUCAAUUUUAUUUUCAGCUUGCACUUGAUGAAAAAGAUUCUGAGAAUUACAAAUGAUCUGUCGAAGGCAUUGCAGAAAAAAGAUCAAGACAUUUUCAAUGCCAUGAAAUUAGUUACAAUAUGCAGGGAACGACUCCAGAUAAUGAGAGAUAACGAAUGGGAUUCAUUAUUGUCAGAAGUAUCCUCUUUUAGUGCAAGGCACCGCAUCAAAGUUCCUGAUAUGAAUGAUGUGUUCCAACGAGAGGGUCGACCAAGGCGUAAUACUCAAGAGGUAACUAAUUUGUAUCAUUAUCAAGUUGAGUAUUUAUACACAGUCAUAGAUAUGCAACUUCAAGAACUAAACAAUCGCUUCACCGAGACGAACACUGAAUUACUUCUUUCUGUGGCAUGCUUAAGUCCAAGAGACUCAUUCUCUAGAUUUGACAAAGAUAAACUGAUUCAUUUUGCUCGGUUUUACCCAAGAGAUUUUUCUCCUACUCAACUUGUGUUACUAGAAGAUCAACUACUAAAUUACAUUGCGGAUGUAAGGUCCAGCAAUGACUUUUCAGAAUUGAAUGGAAUUACUGAUCUCGCAAUCAAAAUGGUAGAGACUAAAAAGGAUGAAGUGUACCCUUUGGUUUACUUACUUCUCACAUUAGCAUUACUUCUACCAGUUGCUACUUCCACCGUAGAAAGGGUAUUUUCUUCUAUGAAAAUUGUAAAGAAUCGCUUGCGUAAUCGAUUGGGGGACGAAAGGUUGAAUGACAUUUUGAUUUGCUACAUUGAGAGCCACUUAUGCGAUCUGAUCGGAGAUGAUAUUGUCAUGAAAAGGUUUCAGAAUAUGUGCAGUCGUCGCGGGCAGACAUAGAAGUUGCGUGUUUCUAUUGAGUUUUAAUUGGUGAUUUAUCUAGAUCAAACUUUCUUUUCUUUACAAGUUUUAUAUUCAGUAACGUACUUACAUUUCGGUUUGAAUGAACUUUAUGGUAUUUAGUUUACUUCUGUGCUGAUGUGUGAGAUUCUUUUUCGCUACGAUUUUAGUUAUGUUCUUGGAGAAUAAAAUG